CGCGUCGCUUCGUUACGUUUACAUUUGUUCCCGACGUCGCGUUGUGCGGAGCCAUUACCCUCGUCCGCGCUAAAGCAUCGUGCCAUAUUCCCACUCGCGCCCUGAAAUUGACCGCGUUCUCGUAGUUUUAAGUGAAAUAUUAUGAGAGUGAAGACCGAAAUGGACGACGACGAAAAGGGAAAAUUGUUCGUUGGUGGAUUAUCAUGGGAGACAACCCAAGAAAAUCUCCAACGUUACUUCGGCCGUUAUGGCGAGGUCAUCGAUUGCGUUGUUAUGAAAAACAGCGAAUCCGGGCGCAGUCGUGGAUUUGGAUUUGUAACAUUUAGCGAUCCCGCUAAUGUUUCUUUGGUCCUUCAGAACGGACCUCACCAACUUGAUGGACGUACAAUUGAUCCGAAACCAUGUAAUCCACGCACUCUUCAAAAGCCAAAGCGCAGCGGUGGCUUCCCGAAAGUCUUUCUUGGUGGCUUGCCAAGUAAUGUGACGGAGACUGACUUAAGAUCCUAUUUUACUCGCUUUGGUAAAGUCAUGGAAGUAGUCAUAAUGUAUGAUCAGGAGAAGAAGAAAUCGAGGGGGUUUGGCUUUCUCAGCUUUGAGGAUGAAGAAGCAGUGGACCGCUGCGUUGCAGAACAUUUUGUCAACUUGAAUGGAAAGCAGGUUGAGAUUAAGAGAGCUGAACCGCGGGACUCGUCAAGCAAAAUGAACGAUAGUCAUCAGGGUCAGUGGGGUCCACCUCAACAGGGUGGUCCACCGAUGGGAAUGGCCGGAAAUAUGGGGCCUAUGGGUGGACCGAACGGUCAGAUGGGUGGACCUAUGAUGGGAGGACCCAUGGGUCCGCCUGGUAAUAUGAUGCAACAAUAUCAAGGUUGGGGUACCAGUCCUCAAACCGGUGGAUAUGCGGGAUACAGCACCCAGUAUAACGCCCAGGGGUGGGGCGCACCACCAGGACCACCACAGCAGCAGCAAAUCCCGCCACCGCCGCCGCAUCAGUGGGGUAGUAGCUAUAAUGUUCAACCUGCUGCAGCUACCCAAGGUUAUGGAAGUUAUGGUGACAUGUAUUCGCGGCAAAAUACCGGUUCAGGUGCACCAGGAUCUAGCAGCAGUUCAGCCAAGACUCCAGAUUACACUGGGUACUCUGCAUACAGUAAUUAUGCUGAUACAUCUUAUCCUCAGCGUUCGUAUCAGGGAGGAGAAAAUAGUCAAGUUGCACAAGAAUGGGCCACGCGUACGGCUCGAUAUCUUCAAGCGUUGACCAGUUACCACAAACUUGCGGACAAAGUCAGGGAUACAUGACGAUACAUAACGAAGUUAUGGACACAAACAAGAUGACACAGACUUAACGAAGUUUUGGGUAGAAGCAUGAAAAUAUUAUACAUAAUUAUUCGUUCAUGUAAGUAAAGCUAUAAAAUGGUGCACAAAUCAAUGUUUACGUAGGCAUACACAAUUCUUUUAUUAAAAAGUUUCAACUUCUCUAACGCUCGAGAAUUUCAUUGUUUGAAUAAGAGAAUUUUUUUUUAUGCCUGCGAAUCAUUCAUAAAAUCAAUGCUCCACUUGCGUUGAUUUUAAAUCCAUGAAUUGUAUGAGUUAAUGGUAUUAUGUAAUUUUUCGAAAUAUCUGUUUGUUGUCAUAUUUAUUUUUAAAUAAAUUAAUUUAGUCCUUCUAAAUGUAUUCAAUUGUUUGUUAAUUUUGGCCGCAAAACUUAUGCAGUUGCCGACCACUUAGCUCGCUAAUAUGUCGAACCUUUUGCAUUUAAUAAUGAGAGUUCUCUAAUGCUUGUGAUUCGGACGCGACGCAAAUGUGACACACAAGAAAUCGAACAUAUACACGCAUACAUUUACACACGUACCUACACAUCGUAGACGCUUUUUAAGAUAGCGCAUACACAUGAAGAUUUACCAAGCGAGCGCUUGGGGAAUUUUGUCGAUUAGAAGUAUCGCGUUUUACUCCCCUUACGUCGGAAGGGACGUUUGCCUCGUCAUUUACAUCAUUUACUAAGCAAACAACGGCGAAUAUACCGAGCCGAAUUACACCGAGUAUAAAUAGUAUUUACGAGUCUGUAUGCGCAUGUACUAAUUAGAUAACUAUUUGUAUUUUAACAAGUAAUAUUUAAUGUUUGAUGUUUCAUCCAUCCCACAUUAUUCUUGUGUGCGUAAACGUAGGAGAACAGCCGUGGAGGCAACUGUGUUAAUAUUGAUAGACGAAUCUAGGAUGGGCUGUUGGUGGUUGGAACGCAUUUUCAGAUUACCGUAGUUAACUUCUUUCCGUUCGUCAAUUUUAUUCAUCACAGGCAUCUCUGGCGAGUGGAAUUAUUAAAGUCAGCGUGAUUUUGAAUUACUGCGACAUUUCUUUUAACAACGAAAAUAGUUAUACGUUGAAAAAUUGUGAUAAUUUAUUGAUUUAAUUGUGGAAAUUUGUAAGAAAAUGGAGAUUAUUAAUUUUAUCGUUGAAAAAUUUUGCAUUUAAUCUGAUCGAUCUGAAGAUGGAUCGUAUAGAUCCGAUUUUUUCGUUCUUAUCCUAUAUCAUCGUGUUCAAAUUCAAAUUUUGCUCGCCAGAGGAACCGCCCAAAAAAUUUAUCCAAUCAAGAGAAGUUGGGGUUUAUAUGUCAAAACGGCGUUCGCAUUUCCAAUCCUGGGAUUCAAUUAUCGACUACGGCGCGGCAGUUAUUGAAUCGAGAUUGAGUUCACGUUUCGCUCAUUUCAGAAUUUUGGUUUUGUUUCCGAAACGGACUUAAGCGAGAGGAUAAAUCGAUCGCGCUCGAUAGUGAAGUCGAAGCUAUCGCUUUUAAUUUUCGCGUUUCGUCAACUUACGCUACAGUUAUUUUCGUCUUAAACGUAUAAUUUCGCCGUGAAUGAAAUACGUCCCAACGCUCACUGCCCUCCGUGGAGACACGAGAGAGCGACAGCCCUUUUCAUGUCUGGUGGCCCCUUUGGACAGAGGGACAGCCGGGAGAAGGGUCGUCGCGAAGUAUAAUACGAUACAAACGAGUAGUCAGCGUGCUUUAUCGAGCUGAAUAAAAGAUAACAAAAAUGGAAAAUAACAAUCGCGCGUCUGCUGUUUCUCCUUGCGAGCCGCGUGCACGCGCGUACUCGCGCGCUUCAGCCCGAUUUGGAAAUAUUGCCGUGACACUUAGGCUUAGGAUAAAAGCGGAAAAACAAAACCUUAUUAAAAGAUAAAAGAAGUGUCAAAGUACUGCUACAAUUAUCACUAAUUAACUAUUAACUAUUAACGCGUUAGUACCACUUAAAACGAAAGAUCGGAGGGGGAAGUGAGAGACAAAGAGAGAGAUAGAUGUGAAAACUACUGUUGUUAUUAAUUUCUAUUUGUAAUUAAUUAAUUAAUUGUCAUCAGCCAUGGCUUUACUAUUUUCUUGAUAAAGUACUAUAUCGACAGCUUCUCGAGGCUACGAGGCAAUGAGGCGCGUGUGAGAAAGAGCUUAGAUUAGUAAGGCGAGCAUGUUUAACGUUUAAUUAAGAUCGACGAUUUGGGGGAGUAAGUGUGGAGCUUAAUUGGUGGCGCGAUCCUGUAAGAAUUCUGUGCGGCCGAAUGCUGCGUGGGUGCCGGGGGUGCAUGCGUGGGGUGAAGAGAAAAAAAAACGGGCGCAACAAAAAAAAUCUGGACUCGGUUAGGUAGAUAAAUAGACGUAUAUAAGACGACCUGGAAAGACUGGGAAUUAAUUAAAUCACAUCCUCUCGGAAGUAGAAUUAAUUAGAAAGGCUGGCUGUAAGGUCAAACGACUGUUCGCGUUUAUUGUUACUAAUAGUUAAUGGGCUAUCUCUAACGUCUUACGGUCUAGUUUACUCGAUAAAUGGACAAGAAAAUAAAAAAGUUGUUUACUAAACUCGUUACCUCCGCCUAAGGAUGAUAGCUGUUACGAAAAAUCGUAAUCGUUUAGCUGGGUAAGGCCGAAAAAUCGCAUUAAAUAAUACGUGGAUAGAAAGUACACACCGAAAGUGCUACAGACAGAUCUCUUUUUCUUAACGCGAGAUAGUUUACGGUAGAUAAGUGCGAGGAGGAAUUUCCGUUUGCGCGAAAUUGGCAGGUUCUUCUUUUUUUUUUCUUUGUCAACUCGAUUUCGUUCUACUUUCUACUCGAGCGCGGUUCUCGGAUAUCACAUCACGUCGCGAACGAUAACAACUCUCAAUAUUCAGCUGAUGAUGUCUGAGCAAACAAAGAUUAGGAUUCGCAAUUCUUGAAGCUUUAAAAAAAUAAAAAAAUAACUAAAUUGCUCUAACAACGCGCGAAACAAAGUCGACGGCUUAUUUUCGUUCUCUUUUGAUACAUCGGUGCGAACGUUUUUACUUCGUGUUUCGAUGACAUGAUAGCAGACCCUUUUUAAACGUGUCUUAAAAUCGCGACGGUACGUACGUCGUGUGCCCUUUUCCGGAGGGCGCGACGACGUCAGCAAAACGAGAUGGAUGGGGUGAAAGACGCAUGAAUGUGAAAAAAACUUGGGCACGACGUUGUAGCGGUAUAAUUAAAUCGAUAUAAUUAUUGAUUAAGAGAUAAGUUGUGUACAAAUGUAUUAUAAAUUAACAAUUAUCUCAGAGUACCUUAACGCAGAGAGGAAAAAGAAAGAGUAAUUAAUGAAACUUACUUGACUCGUUUUAAUUAUCAUAAACACAUAUAUAUAGAAGACCCCCCCGCUUCUUUCGACGGGCGGGGACAAAGGAGGAUACGGCACAUAGGAUCAAUAAUUAAGGGUAUCGAUUAUUGUCUAAUUAAUUAAUUAAACUCGUAACUCUCGAAAUAAGGCCGUUGUAGACAAGUAUUAAAAUAGGGAAAGUGAAAUAUUUUUAAUGAAACCACAAAUGCCAACUAUUGUGUUCUCGUGAGAAUCAUAAUUAUUCCGUAAUUCUUAAGUAAAAAGAAAAGGAAAGCGUAUCUAAGUCGUUGAUUAUAUAAGUCGUUGUAAUUUAAUUCUUUUGUUAGAAAGGAAGACGGUGGGAGAAAGUAAAAUGGGAUAUGAUAAAUCACUGGCAGGACGAGACGUACGUGACUGAAGCGAAUGGACGUGCGCACGAAGUGAGAGAAUGAAUAUCGAGUGAUUGACGAAAUUGCAUGAAUUGAUCGAGCGAUGAUCGAGCUACUGGUAAUGACGGAUUAAAGGAGGAAUCGAAUACAUUCGUGUUUUUUUUAUCUCAUACAUACAUAAAGGGGUUCAUUAAAAAAAUUUACUUAAUAGGUCGAAUCGAUUAUUGAAAUUUAUUGAUAUUAUUUUAGUACUUUUGGUAAAAUUGAGUAAACUUUUCGGAGUAAAAAGAAUUGAGAAUUGACAAGUUAAGCCUCUACGUUGUGUGCAAACUUGAUCCCUACGAUGUCAAUAUUAUUUGCGAUUUUAAAAAGUCGUGAGAAUAAGUAGAAGAAACGUAAGACGAGAGAUUUUGAAAAAAAGGCGAAUGGAUUCUAUUCUCCGAUUGGGAAGACGGUAUAAGAGGAUCGUGUGAAAGGGGAAAAACGAGCGAAAGGAUUGUGUGAUUGUGAGACGAUUAGGAGACGACGAGUGAGCAUAUAGGCGUAAAUAUCCGAUAUUAACAACUAAAUGACAGACACACAUAUAUACACACAUUUAGAGAAAUGUUCACAGAAUAUACAUUUUAGUAAUACAGGAGCAUAGAUCGUACGGGGUACAAGUUGGCGCGCGACCAUCGCGCGUCGAGAAUCAGGUUUAAGGUUUGCCAAAUCUUACUAAGUAAAAAACCAUGCGAAACAGAGUAAAGUUUAUUAAGCUGCACUACGUAUAGCAUGUAGGGAGUACUUGCAUUAAAGGAAAAAAAAAACAUAGCUAAAAACCGUUAGUGUUUAUUAAAAAAAAAAAACGAAGAUGUGAUGAAGAGUGCCGGCGCAAUAUUUCCAAAUCGAAGCCCCUCGAACCUGCCGUUUAUCCGGAAAGGGGGAUCAUCCCCUGAACCCGCGUGCAAAAAAAAGAUAAGAGAGAACGGGAGGGAGAAGUGAAGAGAGAAAGAGGAAAUCGUGAUGACAAAAUCAAACGGAAGGAGACUCUCGGUCGUCGCAUUUCUCUUGCGAUCGUGUCUUUGUGUCUCCGUUUUUCUUUUCGCGACGUAUAUCCUUAUGUCGACGGAGCGUUUAUCUGUAGGUUCAUAGGGCACGUGCGUAAUGUUAUAAAUUAUCAAAAUGCGACAAGAAACGAUCGUCAAAUAGAACUCGUCGGGGACGUGUAUUUGGUGUUCUGGCGUGCGAAAUGAAGAGCACGGCGGGAGCGAGGGAACGGGGGGAUCGGAGACAGUGACGAAUCGACGAGUGAAAAUUACGAAA